UGUUUCGUCACAGAACCCUAUUUUCCAGCUGGCUGAAAAGACCCAAAGCCGUUCUGAAUACAUCGAAUACGAAUAAGCUUUGGUACGAUUUGCCUUGAUUCUGUCAAACCGAAAAUGGGAGAUGAGGCUGUGACUCAAGACGAUGGCAACGAAAGAUGAAUGUGAAAAAUUGAUGAAAACAAGCUUGUCUAAAGAUGAACAGACGGCGUACAAUUCUCUUAUCGUUUUAAAGAAACGUGCAAACAACAGACAAAACCAUUUGUUGAUGAUACAAUGCAGAAUUGUCCCAGUCUUCUUUCAACUUUUGGAGUUGGUGGAAGUGAAGAAUUUGACGGAUCGUCGACGUAAAACUGUUGAUCUCUUGUUCAGUAUUUUUGGUGAUCUAUGUAAUCUGCAGGAAUGUCGGGAAGAAGUUUACAAACAUUUGUAUGGAUUGGAAUCUCUUGUCCUCUACUUUAGUGAAUGCGACCAUGAAAGCAUUCAGAACAGAAGCUGCAGAACUUUAGCCAAUCUUGCCAAACACUCUGGACUAUGUGAAAAUAUUCACAAGACAGAUUUUAUGGAGACACUUGUCUCUAGGAUGGAAGCCACUGAAAACAUUCACCACCAACAGACAUAUUGUCGAGCAGUCAGAUUACUAGGAAAAACACAACACCAGAAAGACAGAGUAUUGUCACACAAUGCUUUGUAUCAUAUUGGUAAACUGAUUGAAUCUGAGGACUCGGCAGUCAGGAAGGAGGUGUAUGAGGUGAUUGAGGACUAUGCCGUCCAUAGACCAACCUGUGAAUUUGCCACCCAAUUGAUACGAUCUGGAGCUUUUAAGGUUAUUGUAGCAAAGCUUAGUGACAAGGAAGAUAACUCCAGCUUCUCUCUCUUGUGCAAACUGAAUCAAAUACCCAAUAUAAGGCCAGAGUUUGGUUCCACCGGUGGAUUACAAACAUACAUAGAAAUGUUUAGUGAGGUGACGGAUAUACCCAAACAACUGGCGAUCCUAAAUAUUGUGUGCUUGUGUUGUAAAGAAUCUGUAAACAGAGUCAAAGUAAGAAAUUUUGGGGGCUUGAAAAUUUUCUGUGAUACACUCAAUAAUGAAGAGUACCAUAAAAUACAUGACCGAGUUAUAAGUGCCCUACAGUGUUUUGUAUUUGAUGAAGCUGGCCUUGAUGUGCUCCUUGAACAUAACUUGGUUCCUAUUCUUAUGCAUCACCUCAAAAGAGUAGCAGGGUUUAAAUCUACGACAGUGAAUUUGCUGGAUUAUUUUGGUACAGAGAAAAAUGAUUCUUCUCCAUCUGCCUUUUCACCUGGCAUUUUUGAAAGAUUUUACCCACAUUUACUUCAUAAACAGGAAUCUUAUGAAAGUAAACAAGACUCAAAUGCAAAUAAAAAUGUGUUCAGCAUUGACAGUCCAACCUACGAACCAAAAUCAGAUUGGAAUAUGGAAGAAUAUAGAUCAGGGGCUAAGUGUAAGGAGAUGUUUAAGAACGGAGACACCAGGGCUUCCUCGGUUACCUCUAUGAGUCCACUGAGUACAGUCUCGUUUAACUCACCAAGUCUCUCUUCCGCAUCAGACUUCAGUCCCCCAUCAAGUCCUGGUGAAAUGGCUUCCUCUGCAGUGAACAGUGAUCCCAGCUACCCUGUUGUGUUCAGCAUGUCUUACAAAACAGAUGCCAGCAGCCUAGGGGGCUACUCUCCAGGAAAAAGUGAAUGUGGAAACUCUACCAUUGAAGCAGAGGUUUACUCUGAGUCAGAGGAUGGAGACGAAACAGGUACAACAGUAUCAACACCAAAAAUCAAGAAAGAAGUGAAGAUAGCAGAAAACAAAUCAAAAUUGAGUGCAAAAGUCCCUAGAAUCAACCUUUUCAAACACAAGAGGGCUGCUGUAGAGAUGUCAGAUGAAGAUGAAGAAAUGAUGGAAACUUCUAACAAGAAGAGGAAAUUGAUUGCUUUGGAAGAGCCUGUUCAGACCACUGCUGCUUCAGCAAAAAAGAAAAGACAUGGAGCCUGCAUUACAGAGCAACACAUUUUAAUCAUUUUGUCAAGAAUUUCCCAGAUGUAUGAUCCCAGUAAACAUUUGAUGACAUCAGACACAAUCUGUUGUUGCCUGGACUAUUUGGCAUUGGUGGACAAACCAGAGAAAAGAAUGGCAAGGACUCUCUGUCGAAUCAUCUUAAAUCCCCUGUGUUUGAAAAGCCUGCUAGAUAUUCACAUGCCCUUAUUGAUAUACCACAAACUAUUGAAGAAUGUAGCAAUAUCUUAUGGGGAGAAAAUUCUGAAGUCAUUUCUUAGGUCAAAGCAUGAAGGCCUUAAAAACAUAGACAGGCGUGACCCGAGGGGUCGAUCAAACAGUGUGGACUCCACUUCUUCACAGUUCUCCUUUCUAGACAUUGAGGAUUCGUGGUUAAAUGAUUGUCCAGCUACGGAUAAAACCCCCGAACCUCAGAAAAAUCACGAUGCAAAGAUGGUCAAUACCAGUUCAAGUCCAAAGGAGAAGACUUGUUCUGAGGACUAUGAGGACCUGUCUUUUCCUUUCCGAGUGGGACUUAUUUUGCUUCAGGACGUCUCCACGCAAGUGGACAGUCCCUACGGACGUGGAGAGGUGGCACACUGCUUUCACAAGAUGGACCCUGAUGUAAGGAAUAUAACUAUCUUCUCACUUCUCUUCGCCCUUUGGAAUACAGGGAUGACCAAACACUACUUCAUAAAGCAGAACUUUAUGGAAACCAUUAUGGAGCACUUGACCAGUGAUGAUAACAGACAUUCCAGGAAAGCUUUCAUUGAAGCUCUGUGUUUCGUGGGACACAUUGUGUUCACAUCGUAUGAAGAACCAGAAAAGAGUAGUGACAGACCUGAUUUACAGCCGGUCAAAAACAUAUCUACCUCAGAUGCAGAUUGCAAAUUUGACAACAUUGAAUGCAAAAAUAUUUCUUUUCGUGUUCAAGACACAAUUAUCAUGGGAAAUCAGGAGGUGUUGGUGGAAAGUUCGGACUUAUUCAAGGCCAUGUUAGAGGGCCACUAUUCAGAAUCUAAGACACAGGAGAUCUACCUGUCCAAUACCACACCUUUUGCUGUGAGAUUCAUCCUUCAUUAUCUACAUGGUUGUGAUCAGUCCUGUGAUGUUUUAGGAUCGGUCUCCAAGGGAGAUAAAUCUGAUGAAGCCCUGUGUAACCUGCUUGAUGCAGCUGUUUUAAGUCACAGAUACAUGCUCAGCAGUGUGGUGGAGUUCUUGCUUUGUAGGCUGAUUGAUGUGCUCUCUCCAGAAAAUGCCUGCCAUGUUUUCCACUUUGCUUUGACGUAUGAUUUUCCAGAACUCAUUUUUAGAUGUGUUAAAUUAAUGUUUUCGUCACCUAGUGUUGCUCGAAAAGUGAGUGGAUUUCAGAACUUUUUGACUGGACCAGAUGCUGAGAAUUUCAUGAAUGUAUUAUUUGAUCUUUUACUAGAAAGAACCUAUUGAUUUACUUCUGUCUCAGCGUCUUGAUACAUAUAAUGCAAUAUCUAUUUCAGAAUGAAAUUUAACAACAGUUCAGGAAUGUAAUUGUUAAUGAAUUUGAAUAUUCUUUAUCUGUUAUUUGCUUGUACUGUCAUGAUCUUAAAUUACAUGUACAUAUAUUGUUUAUGAAAUGGAACAAAAUUAAAUAAAUUUUUCAAUUCA